UUAAGAGGAGAAGUCAGACUGAUACAGACUUGAGCUCUGCGGUAACAGCGUCUCUGCGCAGGGAAACUCUGCUCAUCUCACAGUUUUUUUUUCUCUGUAAGUGAAGACCGAUAAUAAAUCAGAAGUUCUUCAUCAGCUCUUUUUUGCCCCAGAAACCGCUCUCAUAUUGACCAAUAGGAUUAGGAUGAAAAGGUGAAAGUUGGACUUUGGAAAUCAGUGGUUCUAACAUGCGCUAAUCCGGACCAUUGAUUUAAACGGGCAGGGGGAUGUGAGGGACUCAAACCUGGUCAAGUUUGAAAUCCAAAACCAGAAAACGGAAUUCUUCUGAGAGGAUGCGUGUAGUCUGGAUAUUUCUCCUGGUCAUUGAGGAGGGAUUUGCUCUGGCACAAAAGACUAAAGAUGGUGGAGCAGGAUCAAAAGGAGCUAAACCUUCUCAACAGCCACAGCAUUCUCGUCACUGUGGGAACUGGGUACGAAACACAGAUGGUGGCACCUUCAGCUCCCCCAACUACCCGAAUACGUACCCUCCCAACAAGGAGUGCCUUUAUGUACUGGAAGCCCUGCCCCGCCAGAGAAUAGAGCUGCUGUUUGACGACGCCUUCUACAUCGAGGCGUCUUUUGAGUGUCGUUUUGACCACAUUGAGGUGCGGGACGGUCCAUUCAGCUUCUCGCCACUCAUCAAUCGCUUCUGUGGCUCAGCCAACCCAGGGCUCGUCCUCUCUAGCGGACGCUUCAUGUGGAUUCGCUUCUUCAGUGAUGAAGAGCUGGAGGGGAUCGGCUUCCAGGUCCAGUACAGCUUUACUGCAGACCCUGAAUUUCAUCUGCAUGUGGGAGGACUUCUAAACCCUAUCCCAGAUUGUCAGUUUGAGCUGUCCGGGGCUGACGGCCUGAUCCGUUCCAGUCAGGUGGAGGAGGAGUACAAAGUGAGGCCAGACCAGGCAGUGGAUUGCAUCUGGACUAUACGAGCCCCCACAAACAACAGGAUUUACCUGCGAUUCUUGGAAUACCAGAUGGAAAACUCAAAUGAAUGUAAGAAGAACUUUGUGGCUGUUUAUGAUGGCAGUAACGCCAUUGAGGACCUCAAGGCCAAGUUUUGUAGUACAGUAGCUAAUGACAUCAUGCUGGACACUGGUGUGGGAGUAGUGAGGAUGUGGGCUGAUGAGACAAGCCGUCUCAGCCGUUUCCGUAUGCUGUUCACAUCUUUUGCUGACCCACCCUGUGCAGGAAGUGCGUUCUUUUGCCACAGUAACAUGUGCAUCAACACUUCUCUGGUGUGCAACGGCAUACAAAACUGUGUCUUUCCCUGGGAUGAGAGCAACUGCAAAGAGAAAAAGAACAAAGGUGUUUUUCACCAGAUCACAAAGACCCACGGGACAAUAAUCUGUGUGUCUACGGGUGUAGUGCUGCUGCUCCUUAUUGUCUCCAUCCUGGUGCAGGUCAAACAGCCACGAAAAAAGGUGUUGGUCCGCAAGAAUAAUCUGUUUCACCGGGGCGACUUCCAGGAGGUGUUUGAUCCUCCGCAUUAUGAGCUUUUUACCCUCCGAGACAAGGAGAUCUCUGGCGACCUUGGGGAGUUAUCAGAGGAACUCCAGUCCCUGCAGGCGCUCAGGAGAUCCUCAUCAGGCUCACGCUGCAUACACGAACACCACUGUGGCUCUCAGGCCUCUGUCAACUCCAUCAAAGCCAGUCAGGGUGCACAUGGACUGGUAAGGGGAUCCAUGGAGCUUCCCCCUUUCAGAGGGGACUUCCAGAGCACCUUACCUCCCUUCAGGGACUUGAACAGCAGUCUGCGUAAGAAGAGCUGGCCUAGUAUGAAACCAGGCCGAAUGCAGGGCCAUCACAAUAUGGGGGAUAGAGCAGUGGGACGGCAGGAUAGAGUGAUGGAGGAGGAUGAAGAGGAGGAGGAGGAUGCAAGAUAUGAUGUGUAUGUGCGCAGAGCAGGAAGCCGAAGAGGGAACUAUGAAAUGGCCCAGCAAAGAUCCUUGUCCAUGGACUUCUGAGAAGAAAAGACAAGGUUGGCACCAUUAGUUCUACAGCAGCAACUUUUCAAUCACUGCCACAGUCACACAUUUACAGGAAAGAGGAGAGGAAGAAAAGAGACUGUAGAGAGGGUGUGUCUCACUUAAAUCUGACAGAAGAGAAUGCUGUGUAUUCUUGUGAUUAAUGUAUUUUGUUAAAAACAUUUUACUGUAAAGAAAAUAGAUUAAGAAUAUUUUAAGAGGAAGCAUGAUAACAUUUUCAGCAAACAGUAGAAAAAUCACUACAAUUUAGUUUUUGUUCAGUCUAUUAUUACCUGUGCUAAAGAAUAACCAUCUACAUUACCAUACCAUUGGUUUAGGAAAAGUCUUAUCUUGCAUUUGGUAAGUCAGUUUUAAAACCCUCUGAUGCCAGGGUUGAACUUUUAAACUGUUCAUACUCCACAUGCGUGGUCUCAAACUCUGGAUCCUUUUGUGUAGUGUGUAAAGCAGUCAGAAACAUAACACAGGAGGCUAUAAAACUUUACAAAUCUUCAGCUCUUAGUGGUCUAUGUGAAUUUUUCACCAUUGAUUUGAUACUGAAGGGUUUUAAUACUGGAGGUGAAAUGAAUGUUUACAGCUCUUAGUAGUCUACGUGCUAUUUUGACCAUUGUUUACAGCUGAGCAGUCGCGUGUGCUUCUAAAGGGUGUGUCACACAAGUAUGCUGGAGUUUCACCUAUAAGGCUGAUUGCAAAAAUAUAGUUCUGUAUCAUCCAACUCUCCACUGGCACUCCUAUCCCAUCAAACACUAGAAAACUCUGUUUUAUUUUCUUUUUUGACUGUAGACAGACUUUCCAACAAACUUUGGAUUUUAGAUUAUUGUUGGUUAGCAAGACCAAUAUUUAGAAAAAGGAAAAAUGUAAUCAGAGAGAGUGCCAGUAAUGUACUUGAAAAAGGGAUUGAACUAAUUUAGUUGGAGGUUAGUUUGCAGUGUUUCCUUGUAGGUUUUUUUGUCAUCAUAAUAAAGGACCACAAAUUA